AUGUCGCCAAGCAUGACAUCGAGAUUUAUUACUUCGAUUUGUAACGUUCACCCAGACACAUGUGUCUUAAUACGAAAUCAGGAUAUAGAAUGGCACAUUAACCAUGAAUUAACGGUUACCGAAUUAAGAGAUAUCGCUGGAGAUCUCAGGAGUAACCGUGACUACCAGGAUCUCGGGCGUAAUGAGCUUUUCACAUUGGUGACUGAUCUUCUCCCUUUGGUGACAACUGGAGCUAUAGCUACGGAACGGGUGAUUGAAUUAAUAAAUCCAGAACCCAUACCCGCUCUGGUUGAGAAUGAUAAUAGUGAUGAUGAUGACCUGGAUGAAUCUGAAAAAUGCAUAAUUUGUCUUUCUAAACGAAGGACCGCAACCAUUGUUCACGGUAGAACAGGACAUUGCUGCUGCUGUUUAUCGUGUGCGUAUAUAUUGGAGAAGAGGAAAGAUAAAUGUCCAAUAUGUCGAGCACCAAUAGAUCUUGUCAUUAGACAAUAUAUGUCAUAA